AUGUACUUCCCUCCAGAACCCGCCGACACCGAUGCCGACGCCUCCUCCCCGCCAUUCACAUUUACACUCGCCGUCAAGGACAACAUUGCCACCCGCAGCCCCGACGACAGCACCUCCACCACGUGUGGCUCUCGCAUUCUCCAAAACUACAAGUCGCCCUUUGAGGCCACCAUUGUCACGCAGCUCCGGCGGCGCGGCGCCCGGGUCGUUGGCAAGACCAAUCUCGACGAGUUUGGCAUGGGGUCGCACUCGCUGUUUUCGCACUUUGGGGGGACGUACGAGCGGCCGCACGACCCGUCCAGCGGCUCGGCGGGCUCGGCGGGCGCAGCGGUGUCCGUCGGCGGCAGCUCCGGCGGCUCGUCCGUGGCGGUGCGUCUCGGCGACGUCGAUGUGGCCCUGGGCACCGACACGGGCGGUUCUGUGCGGCUGCCAGCGGCGUACGGCGGCGUCGUCGGAUUCAAGCCGAGCUACGGCAUGCUGUCGCGGUUUGGCGUCGUGCCGUAUGCCAAUAGCUUGGACACGGUGGGUCUGCUGGCGCCGACCGUGGCGCCCAUUCGGCGGCUGAUUGUGGGCGAGGACCCAACGAGCAAGCGCAGCGAGGAGCAGGACCAAACGGCCGGCCUUUGGCGGGAGUCUGACGUGGACCGCGACCCCACGUCCCUGACACUCGCCUCGCGCCUGCGGAUUGCAGGGCAGCGGAUGGGCUACAAUGGAGAGACGUUCGCACCCGACCUCCGCGGUAUGACGUUUGGCAUUCCGCUCGAGUACAACAUUGAAGAGUUGGACCCGCGCAUCCGCACCGCCUGGGCGGCCGCGGCCGAGCGUCUGCGCAGUCUCGGCGCCACCAUUGCCGCCGUGUCCCUGCCCUCCACACGCCACGCGCUGUCGGCCUACUACGUGAUCGCACCCGCCGAGGCGGCCUCCAACCUGGCCCGCUACGACGGCGUGCGCUAUGGCCAAAUCGGUGACCUGGGUGCGGAGGUGGAAACAGCUUCAGAGGCAGAAGCAAAGGCGGAGCCGGAAACGAAACCGGAAACUACGCCACCCACCGGAGAGGCCGACGGCGAGCAAGACGAGGCCGUUUUGUACGAGCGCGUGCGUGGCGCGGGUCUGGGACGCGAGGUGCAGCGCCGCAUCCUGCUGGGCAACUACGUGCUCAGCUCCUCGGCCCGCGACAACUACUUUGUCCAAGCCCAGCGUGUCCGCCGCGUCAUCGUGCGCGACUUUGACGCCGUCUUCCGGCUGCCCAACCCGCUGCGGGACCACAAGCCCGUGGGCGAGCACCAGGGCGUCUACACGGACGACGCACGCGGGCACAUUGACUUGAGCGACUUGCCCGAGGGCCUGCCGCUGGCCGACAAGCGAGGCCCGGCCCAGGUCGAUUUCUUGCUGUGCCCGACGGCGCCCACGCCGGCCCCGCGAGUGGCCGAUGUGGAAGCAGCACCGUCGGCCGUGGAUGCGUACAUCAACGACGUCUUUACCGUGCCGGCGAGUCUGGCAGGCCUGCCGGCCAUCAGCAUCCCCAUGCCGGCGGCGGACACAGGCACGGCGACGGAGGCGGAGGCCUUCUGCCCGGGCUUCCAGCUGAUCGGGCAGUUCUUUGACGACGCACGGCUGCUGCAGGUGGCCGAGACAGUGAUGACGGCUGCCUUUGAGCAACCAGAGGACAUGGCGGCGCUGGAGAAACACAGAAAAACGGGCGUGUCGACGUAG